AUGGGUAAAGGGGAGCAGUCGUACCCUGACCUGCUGGCGCUGCUGAUCGCGCUGGUGGUGACGGUGAUCGUGGCGCUGGGUGUGAAGAACUCGGUGGGCUUCAACAACGUGCUGAACGUCAUCAACCUGCUGGUCUGGGUCUUCAUGAUGAUCGCCGGACUCUUCUUCGUCAACGGGGACAACUGGGACGAAGGCCGCUUCCUGCCCUACGGCUGGUCGGGGGUGAUGCAGGGCGCGGCCACCUGCUUCUACGCCUUCAUCGGCUUCGACAUCAUCGCCACCACGGGGGAGGAGGCCAAGAGCCCCAACACCUCCAUCCCCUACGCCAUCACCGCCUCGCUGGUCACCUGCCUCACCGCAUACGUGUCCGUGUCGGUGAUCCUGACGCUGAUGGUUCCGUACGGGGAGAUCGACGCGGACGCGCCGCUCAUGGAGAUGUUCGCCGUGCACGGCUGCAUGUUCGCCAAGUACAUCGUGGCGGCGGGCUCCAUCGCCGGGCUCACGGUCUCGCUGCUGGGCUCGCUGUUCCCCAUGCCGCGCAUCAUCUACGCCAUGGCCGGCGACGGCCUGCUCUUCAAGUUCCUGGCCCACGUGUCGUCCUACACCGAGACCCCCGCCGUGGCGUGCGUGGUGUCGGGCUGCCUGGCCGCCGUGCUGUCCCUCAUGGUCAGCCUCAGGGACCUCAUUGAGAUGAUGUCCAUCGGGACCCUGCUGGCCUACACGCUGGUGAGCCUGUGCGUGCUGCUGCUGCGCUACCAGCCCGAGGGCGACAUCCACGGCUUCGUCAACUUCCUGUCGGAGGAGCAGCAGAACAGCCGGCGGCGGGAGGGCGUGCUGGCGGAGCGUGAGAAGCACGCCGCCUCGCCCACCAGCGAGGCGGACGAGGACGGCGGCGGGGGCGGCGCCGGGGGCGGGGCCACCAACACCUGCGGCGCGAAGAACCUCCCGUCGCUCGGCGACAACGAGAUGCUGAUCGGGAAGCCCGACAAGACGGCGUACACGGCCAGCCACCCCAACUACGGCACGGUCGACAUGGCGACCGGCAUCGAGGCCGAGGAGGACGAGGGCGGGCUCUCCCGCCGGCUGAAGAAGCUGAUUGGCCCGCGGUACUACACGCUGAGGAUCCGAUUGGGCCUGCCCGGGAAGAUGGACCGGCCCACCCCGGCCACGGGGCGGACGGUGAAGGUGUGCGUGGUGCUCCUCUUCGUCCUCAUCUUCGCCUUCUGCUCCCUCGUCAUCUUCGGAGCCAGCAGCAUCGGGGCGGGCUCCUGGUGGGCGGUGAUGCUGCUGAUGCUGCUGCUGGUUGCCAUGGCGCUGCUGAUGGUGGUCAUCGUGCAGCAGCCCGAGAACCCCAAGCGUCUGCCCUACAUGGCGCCCUGCGUGCCCUUCGUCCCCGCCGCCGCCAUGCUGGUCAACGUCUACCUCAUGCUCAAGCUCUCCGCCAUCACCUGGAUACGCUUCGCCAUCUGGUGCCUGAUAGGCGUCCUCAUCUACUUCGGCUACGGGAUGUGGAACAGUAAGCUGGAGAUCCGCGCGCGGGAGAGCGAGGUCCACGCCUCCACGUACCAGCGCUACGACCAGGGCGUGGACGAGGGCUUCUGCGGCCUCGACGACGACUUCUACCCCCCCGACGCCGCCGCCGCCGCCGCCGCCACCGCCGCCGCCGCCGCCGCCAGCGACCCCUGGGGGGCGGAGCCGGCCGCCGGGGGGACGGGGCUGAGCCCGCCUCCGGAGGGAAAGCCCGGGAGAGGCGGCGGUGAGGGGGCGGGGCCGAGGGGCGGGGCCAGGACCGUAGCCAAUCACGGCCUUGCUGAGGAGGAUCCGAUGGAUUUCUGA